AUGUUAAGAUUUCGUCCCAAAUUAGGGAGUGAGCGUAACAGCGAAUGGCGCUGUUGCUUCUGUCUACAUGUGCGCACUGGCACCAUUCUCUUGGGUACAUGGCACCUUAUGCUGCACCUCAUAGCGUUAGGAUUCCUAGCUGCUAUAGUGCGUGAUCCCCGACUACUUGACGAGCUGGAGCGGGACUCUGCUCCUGUCCCAAACUGGAGCGAUGUAGCGCGAGGCAAUGAAGCUAUCCCUACGCCUCUCUCCAACGUUGAGCCUCCACCGAGCUCGUUCCCGCAACAUGUUGAACCACCAAGAGAUCACAGCCUCAUAUAUCAUGAUGUGGAUGUGGGUGCACUGGUUACAGUGUGUACCCUGGCCAUCACAUUCAUGCUGAUCUACGGAGCCGCGCUCGGCAAGCCCGCCCAUCUACUUCCUUUCUUCUGUCUUCAGAUCUUCGACUUUGCUAUCACUGUCCUAACUGCUACGGGCUACCUAUGCUACCUGCGCUCUAUCCACCGACUGGUGGCGGAGACCCGGCGCGUGCCGUGGCGUGCUCAGUUACUGCAACUGCCCGCGCCCUGUCUCGCGCUCGUCGUACUCUCUGCAUUCCUAGUUGCCGUGCUGCUCAAGGGCUACUGUAUCAGCGUAGUAUGGCGCUGCUACAAGUACCUGACGAUGCGCGCGCACGCACUACAAACUCCGUUCGUGAUCUCAAGCGAUGACGUAGUGAGUACAGGCCAGUUAGCGCCGUACGCGGCGGCGCCCGUGCCGGACUACUCCAGCCUGCUGCCGGACUACGAGGAGGCAGUCAAACAGACUCCGCCGCCCUCAUACCGCGCCGCCACGCUCAUGGCCGCCGCUGAUCCCUCGCUUACAACCGUUCAGGAGAGGGCACAGAAUGAGCAACCCGUGCCGCAGCCUACUAACACCAUGGUGGUACUGCCACAGAACGGCACGCAAGCGCGCGUCUGA